AUGGCUGAUAUCGUUGAGAUGCGUCCGUAUUCGAGCUUCAACAGUGGCCAUCACUACAUACUCACCCUCAUCAAUGUAUUGAGCAAGUACACGUGGGCCAUACUGCUCAAGAACAAAGGUGGAAGCGAGACGGCUGAUGCUAUUGUUGAGAUAAUUCGAAAAAUCUUGAAAAAACACAACGUUAGUCACUAUUCCACGUAUUCGACGUUGAAAGCGUCGGUAGUCGAGUGGUUCAAUCGUACGCUCAAAAGCGACAUGUGGAAGAUGUUUACACUCAACGGCAAUUACAAGUGGAUCGACGAGCUGCCGCGUCUUGUAUCAGAUUACAACGAGCGCAAGCAUCGCAUUAUCAGCAUGCGACCCGCCAACGUAAUUCCCGCGAUCGCCGAAAGAUUCUUGGACACGGUGUACAGCGUGAUAAAAAUUGAUGUUCCAGCAAAAUUCAAAGUGAGCGAUUCGGUACGCGUAAGCAAGUUCAAGACGAUUUUUGAGGGUUACACGCCAAAUUGA